GCCUGGUCUAAAUGGUUCUCGAAAAAUUGCCCCUAAAACAAACACAGUUCUUCAAUAUAAUAGUGGAUGGAACGUAACAAACUGGGAAAUUCCUGCUUUGGCUCAAAAACCUAGGAAAUCAAGGAAAAAAUCUCACGAUGAUCCCAAUGGAUUUAGGCCUAUUGAAUUAUUUAAACUGCAUCUUGCUGAUAUUCCCGAGUAUCAAAAACCCGAAUUGCCAUAUGGUUUAAACUAUCAUAAGGUCAUUCAAGAUUAUCUUGAACAGAUGAAUACUUUUGUAGAUAAACAAUUUAAAAUAUUUUUAGAACAAAAACUUGGCAAAAGUGUAAUUGACCUCUUCAUAAAAAAGUACUAUAGUCAAUAUCAGUAUCUAAUUAUUGAUUUUUUUUGUCCGCGUGUGAAGUUUGGAUUUUCUGGAGAACCAUCUGAAUUUAGGCCUAUUGAUUUAGACAUCGAAAAAAUUUGUCCUGCACUUAUAAACUUGGUAUCUGGCUCGAUUAAGGAUGAAUUAGAGGAGGAGAACUGGCUAAUAGAAAUUGGUUACGAGGAUGUUAUUUCGAUUUUUGAUCCCGUAGUAAAUAACAUUAUAAAGUUGAUAUACAAUCAACUUAAUAUGUCUAAACAAAAAUGUUCGGCAAUGUUCUUGGCUGGUGGUUUCUCAGAAUCUUCAUAUUUGAUUAACAAAAUAAGAACAGCUUUUGGCAGUGAAAUUCCAAUUAUCUCUGUUCUACAAAAUCCUAUAACGGCAGUGCUUUGCGGAGCU